AUGGCCGACCGCCACCACCACCGCCAGACCGCUAUCGUGAAGGAGACGUAUACAUUGCGGGGCGGUCGCCACCUCGUUCACGCUUUGCUACCGACCCAUAUCCUCUGCCAAGACCUGCAGAGCCAUACAGAGGCUCAAGAACGUCUACUGACUCGUACGUUGCCACGUACGACCGCAGGCUGCAGGACUACCGUGAUUAUUGGCAGGCGAGAGAUCGGGACCGGGACUGGCGGGCCCAUCCACAGUCUGACCCCAGAUACAGGCCGGUGGAGCCGGCUAGGGAACGACCGGAUUGGGAGAGAGAACGCGACAGAGACCGAGGCGAGAGGCGUUGGGAGCCCCGGCCCGGCCCACCUGAGCGUGCAGAGUGGGAUCGACGGGAGGGGAGAGAGACUACGGGGAGACCGCCUCCUGAUCGCGAACGAACAUGGCGUCCUCGGGAUUCCAGGUCGCCACCGCGUCAUGCUGGGCCUCGUGAACGAGACCGACGCAGUCUCAGUCCGCGGUCUCCAGCUCCUAGACGGAGAGACUUGUCUCGGAGUCGCUACUCGCCGGAUAGCAGACACAGCUCAGUUGACGAUGAUGCUGCACCUCGAAAGCAGGCAGAUGGACAAUGACCCAGUGGCUGACCAAAUCCCUGUGGUUGCGGAGGGUACUUGGAUGCUUCAGAAGUCACCUGUGCAAGCGGAGCCGGAUGAAAUUUUGCCUGACUCUGGCAUAACAACUAUCAAAGAAGGAGGCCUGACUUCAGGAUACGCAACCCGGCGACCUGAUAUUGCCAGUCCAACCAUUGUGCAAGACAGCAAAUUUGGAAGACUUACACCAGAUGCGCGUGGGUCUCACGCGACGGACAAAGGGAAGAUGCGGGAAGACGUGACCGCUGCUAUCCGUGACGACGACGUCCAGAUGCACGAUGCGUCCCCGAGGCUAGCGAAGGUUUCCCGUGAAGCGUCUCCGCUGUCCAAAGUCCCGAGUGACGCCUCUCAUUCUCCCGUCGAACAAAUCGUCCCCGCAGACAUCCGGGUCCUACUCGUCCGGGCGCACCUCCGCAUACCCAGUCCAGGCAAGCCGAGAGCAAGCAAAACCAGCAGCGAGAAGAAGAAGUUAAGCUGCCACCUGGUCCUUGCGACGCCGUUAUUAAAGAAGCGAGUCACACUUUGUCCUGCUUUCACGAUGUUGACGCUGACAGUGAUUUUGUGGCAGAUCAAACAACAUCGAGCUCAUAGCUCACUGCUCAUGGGUGAGUACGUCAACGCCGAGAAGGCCAAACUAAGAGCCAUGCACGAACUCCAAAUGGCACAAUUCGACCUGGAAGCGGCCAUGUUUCGUCGGCAAAUUGCCGAUGCGCAGUUGGAUAUGGCUCGGCAAGGCAAGCUCGGGAUAGACUACGAGCGCGACAAGACGAUAACACUCGAGAGGACACUCAAUAUUAUCACUGUCUGGGAGGAAUCGAAGUUUGAGGUGCCGGAAGAGAAAACGCCGGUGGUGAAGCCGCAAGGCGAGCAAGCGGAAGGCGAGAAGACCAAAGCAAAAGCCGUAUCCGCGAAAACACCCGAUGGUACACCUGGAGAACAAGGUGAUGCUGAACCUACAGACAUGGCCGUAGGGGCGCCUUUAGUGACGGCGGACCCCAAGAGCGACAACGAAAACGAGCUUGCCAUCAAAUUGGAAAAUGAACAUGAGGAACAACGUGAAGAACUACCCGACCUCAGGUUGGUAGGCAAGCCUGUCUCAAAAUUAGAACAAACGGAGAAAAUGACUAUGGACCAGUCAAGGGCAGGGUAUGCAGUGUCUCUGGAAACUAAAGAAACCAAGGAGGAGAUCCAGACGGAAUUCCAGCCAUAG